CGGCGCGAAUAAAACCAGUCCUUCCGGGAAAAUGGCGACGCCCUCGAGUGCCCCGGAGGCGCCGCCGGCCGCGGACCCGGCGCUGGCAGCGGGGGCUGCCGAGGGAGCCGAGUGCCCGCCGCCCCGCCAGCCGCAGCCCCCGCAGCAUGUCCGCGCGGCCCCGCGGCUUCGAGCCGCCAGCUCCCGAGGACUGGGGGCGGCGGAGUUCGGCGGAGCUGCGGGACAUGUUGAGGCGCCAGGAGAGACUUUUGCGCAACGAAAAAUUCAUUUGCAGAUUGCCCGACAGCGGUAAAAAGAUCAGAGAGACUGUUGUCAAACUGAAAGCUGCCAUUGCAGAACGUGAAGAAGUUAGAGGAAAAAGUGAACUGUUUCAUCCUAUUAGUUUAGACUGUAAACCAAGGCAAACAGCAAUUGCAGUUGACGUGGACACAGCUAAGGCCCAGAAUUCUGACCAGAUACUUGAUACUUCAUCACUGGUUCCUGGCUGUUCUUCUGUAGAUAACAUCGCAUCAUCUAACACAGCCUCACAACAGGGACUUGUUCAUUCUAGUCACAGAGGUGAUGAAGACGCUCCCCAGGUUGGGUACCAAGUGACCAAGUGCCCAGCUUCCAGCAGCAGCGCCACCGCACCUUCCCCACCCGAAGCCAGUGGGUGUCUCCCUCAGCCUCCUGUGUCAGGUCCAGCAGAAGACAAUUCUACCAGCUCCGACGACCUCUUCAUUGACAGGUUACAAAGGAUCACAAUUGCAGACCCAGAUGGGCAACAUUCAGAAGAAAACGUGAGGACUGAGACCUUGACAGGCCUUCGUAGUGGGAUACAGAAGAAACCUCAUUACAUGGAAGUGCUAGACAUGCGAGCCAAAAACCCAGUGCCCCCACCACGUAAAUUUAAAACCAAUGUGUUACCCUCACAUCAGAACGAUUCAUCAAGGCACCAGCAGAGAAGAGGGUCUCCUCUUUCCUCAGAGGAAAGGCUGCGCAGGGAUAAGCAGCAUCUCGAUGACAUCACAGCAGCUCGGCUCCUACCACUGCACCAUCUGCCUGCACAGCUGCUCUCCAUAGAAGAGUCUUUGGCACUUCAGCAACAGCAGAAACAGAGUUAUGAGGAGAUGCAAGCCAAGCUCGCAGCACAAAAAUUAGCUGAAAGACUGAAUAUUAAAAUGCAGAGCUAUAACCCAGAAGGGGAGUCUUCGAGGAAAUACCGAGAAGUAAGGGAUGAAGAUGAUGUUCAGUCCUCUGAUGGUGAAUUCUGAAGAUGGGCAGUGGGGUACUUCCUGACUCUGCCUGUUGAGAUGUCAUUUUCUUACAUCAGACUUUCUAACAAGUAUCAAGAUCAGUGUCAGACGUUGAGGGAAAUAAUUUUAUAAAGUUACGCAACGGUAGCUAUAAAAAUAGUUUGUCUUUCAGAAGAUAACUUUCAUGUACUGGAAAAGUUUAACAUUUGAAUGUUGUGUUUAAACGUAUUAAAGUUUUGCAGUAUGUUGUGUGUUGUCUGAUAUUUUAGUAUAUAGUAAAGAACAUUUUUUUUCUCUAAACCAAAUGAAAGCAGGUAAUUGCUUUUUCCCUUCUUUUUACCUCUAUCAAAUAGCUUUUAUUAUAUGCCUUUCAAUGAAAUACUUAGUUGUCCCACGCAUCACCUAAAAUGAAUUAGGAAGAUACAGUUCCCUCUUUUGAGUAAUGAAGGGAGCAGUCUACAGAAUUCUAUGCAUGUUUGCAUGGGCUUAUUGAGGCACUGGAUGGGAAAUACCUAGGAAGAUACUCAUGGAAAAAUGCUUAAAUGUUUGUUUCCUUCUUCUGUCUUCCCUUGGAAGAAUGUUAUCUUUCUUCUGGUUACGAAUAAGGACUACAUUUGACUCUUGAACAACGCGGGGGUUAGGGGUGCCAACCUGAUGAGUUGAAAAUUGUAUAUAACUAUUUUUAGUUCAUGUUGGAGGGUGGAUGGUCUCUGAAUGACCAGCUUUGCCCAGGGUAAUGUGAAAUAUAGGAAAGUCUAAGAUGACCGAUGAGGUGAAGGGAGUAGCUGUUCAUAUACUUGACCUGAUUUGAGUUCAUUGCUCUUAACAUGAUAGAUUCAGUUUGGUGAAAAAAAGUUUUUUUGUUUUUAAGCUACAAUUGAAUUAUUGUCAAUACAUUGCCCCCCCCCCCC